CUUUGUGUUCUCCCAGUCCGCAGUGACCUCCGCACUUCCAAUGUGCAACUCUGCGAACGUGGAACUUCCUCCGGGGUGGGGGUGAUGUAUUUUAUUUUUCUAAUGAGAAUUUUGAGAUGAAAUAAUGACCAUUAGGAAAAAAUGGACGAUCUGUAGAAGAGGGAGGGAGUGGGAGGGAGCGAGAGCGCGUGCUCCUGGGGGUCGCUGCUACUGUAGAACGUCGUAGAAAUCCUACGAGUCUAAUCUGGGAGUUGGGGAGGGGUUUUGUUCUGAUGCCCACGCUAUUCACGGCUUCUGCUCGCGAGCUUUGCAUUUUGGCCCCUAGAUUUCUCUGGAGUCCUUAGGCUUGGUUCCAAGGACAUUUUUAAGAGUCCAUCACAAAAUGAUGCUUGUGUAAUGUACCUAGGUUGGUAAAUUAAGACAAUGAUAAUAAGGUGGGCUCUUCCGAAGGCCGGAGCGCCCGAAGGCCGGCUCCUCCAUCAUCGGCGGGGGCUGCGGGCUGCCUCCAGACUCCUCAGUUUGCAACGGGAGCCGAAACCCGAGUGGAUAACCGAGGAGGCGGCAGCGCUGGCGUCUUGUUACUCCCGCGCCGCCUGAUCUCCUAUUUUUCAUCCUCUCUCCCCAAGCCUAGUGGGGCUCUGCUCUCGGCCUCUUCUCAAAGCCUCUAGGGCUCUUCAAUCUUUUACAACUCCUCUCCUCCCCAUCCUUAGGGGUGCAGUUCCCCCAACCCAGGCACUGCCCACUGAGGUCGGGGCUCCUGGGCCAGAUCACCAGGCCGAGGCCGCUAUUUGGACAGGUUUUAAAGGCGACUCUGCCUAGUGUGGUUCAGGGCACGCGCGCUGCAGCCUCCGCGCGCACCUGGGGAGGACAGAAGUGAGGGUGAGCGCCUGGAUGCUCCCGGUCAGAGACCCCGGAAUUCCUCCCUAGGAAGGACUUCGGGUCCUCAGUUGUUCUGUGUCUGGGGUAUCAUCGUGGCCCGUUGAGCACUUCUGUACUGCCUUUUCUGGCUUGGGGACAAUGAAGUGUCGUGGGUCAAGGCCGGCCUCUUAUGGAGGGGCUCGCCGAGGCCCAGCCCCUGCUCUCGGCCUGUCCCCAAAACGAACUAUUGGAGGGUCCCUGCUGACACCCGGCCUGGACAACGGGUCGCGCGGCAAAGUCCGAAGAAGUGGCGGUGUUGAUGCGUUCAAGGGACUAGUCCGAUUUCACUGGAAAAUCUAAAAACCUUAGAGCCCUGAACCGAUUUCGUCCUUUGGAGGGAGAAGGGUGUGUGGAGGAAGAAAGCAAGCCCAGCCGCGUGGACCACUUGGGGAGGAGACCGGGAGAGGAGUUGCUCUUCGCUUGAAACUGUGUCCUCCAUCCCAGAGCUUUGGGGGUCAGGCCUGUUCACCUAGGGACUUUUUCAGGUCACCGAAAGUUAUUAGCACUAGAGUAGAGCUGAGAGAAAACUCCUCCCCCAGAGUAAGGUAGACACCCAGGCUUCUUCCAGACCUAACACCGGGGCUUCUCCGAACUAUCAUUAAUAGCCAUGAGCAACCUUUUGGCACAUUUCUUUCUCCCUCCCUAGCGGGUGGUGAAGAUCUUGAUUCCCCGAGGCCAGAAACUUUCACUGGAGUUGGCCGGACAGAGGCUGGCGCCGGCUGUUUUCCAAAAGCCCGCGUACCUCUUUCUUCCUUCCCUCCGGCUCUCUCCUCUUUCCUGCCUCAGGCCAAGUCGCCAGUCCGCGAAGUUUUGUUUCCUUUCUAUCAUGCAGAAAAUUAAUCAGCCAGGACGAGAAGCAGAGCUGAGCACGACGGCCUGUAAUUAAGGGACGUGUGCCCCUCGGAUUAUCUCGUUAGUUUAUCAAGAAAACAUUUAUUAUAAUUAAUUCUCAGACGAGGUAAUUAUUAUUGAGCGAGGACACAGCAACUGGUAGAUGGGCUUCUUGGAAGAAAAAAAAAAAAAACCACCAAGGAGGGGGGGGCUUGGAGGGGGAAGCGACAGAUUGCACGAAUUGACCGUUAGAUAUAAGGCUGUGCAGGCCGGCGCAGGCAGUGGAGAGGGACCUCGGGCAUCAGGGUUGUUGAUCUGCGGGGCUGCAGGGCAGGAACGCCGGACCCAGUUGCUUGCGCCUGGAGGAGAGGGCACUCGGGGACUCGCCACGCUACCGCCGUUCGCUCCUAGUUCGGUCACUCCAAAUCCACCCACCAAGGACCCUGACCCUGUCCACUCCAGGCGAAUCGAGACCGUCCGGCUGGGUCCCCCCAAUUUGGGCCGACUUUGCACCUCCAAACAACCUUAGCAUGAUGUCUUAUCUAAAGCAACCGCCUUACGCAGUCAAUGGGCUGAGUCUGACCACUUCCGGUAUGGACCUGCUGCAUCCCUCCGUGGGCUACCCGGGGCCCUGGGCUUCUUGUCCUGCAGCCACCCCCCGGAAACAGCGGCGGGAGAGGACUACGUUCACCAGGGCACAACUUGACGUUCUGGAAGCUCUGUUUGCCAAGACCCGGUACCCAGACAUCUUCAUGCGGGAGGAAGUGGCGCUGAAAAUCAACUUGCCAGAGUCCAGGGUGCAGGUAUGGUUUAAGAAUCGAAGAGCUAAGUGCCGCCAGCAGCAGCAGCAGCAACAGAACGGAGGUCAGAAUAAAGUAAGACCUGCCAAAAAGAAGACCUCUCCAGCUCGGGAAGUGAGUUCAGAGAGUGGAACAAGUGGCCAGUUCACUCCCCCCUCUAGUACCUCAGUCCCAACCAUUGCCAGCAGCAGUGCCCCGGUGUCCAUUUGGAGCCCAGCUUCCAUCUCCCCACUGUCUGACCCCUUGUCCACCUCCUCCUCCUGCAUGCAGAGGUCCUAUCCCAUGACCUAUACUCAGGCUUCAGGUUAUAGUCAAGGCUAUGCUGGCUCAACUUCCUACUUUGGGGGCAUGGACUGUGGAUCUUAUUUGACCCCUAUGCAUCACCAGCUUCCUGGACCAGGGGCCACACUCAGUCCCAUGGGUACCAAUGCUGUUACCAGCCAUCUCAAUCAGUCCCCAGCUUCUCUUUCCACCCAGGGAUAUGGAGCUUCAAGCUUGGGUUUUAACUCAACCACUGAUUGCUUGGAUUAUAAGGACCAAACUGCCUCUUGGAAGCUUAACUUCAAUGCUGACUGCUUGGAUUAUAAAGAUCAGACAUCUUCAUGGAAAUUCCAGGUUUUGUGAAGACCUGUAGAAGCUAUUUUUUUUGUGGGUGAUUUUUUUAAAUAUGCUGGGCUGGACGUUCCAGUUUUAGCCAGGUAUUGGUUAAAAGCGUUAGGUGGGAUGAUGCUCUCAGACUCCUGAUCAAAGUUACCGAGAGGCAUAGAGGGAAAAGGAAAGACCUUAGAAGGGUCCAUCAACCAGCAACCUGAAAUGGACAAACCAAUCUACUUAAGAUUCUGUUAUAGUUCUAGAUCAUUGGUUUCCUGAUUUGCAAAUGAUUGAUCAAAUAUAUUCUAGCGACAUGCAACCAAACACCACUCAAAACAAAAAUCAAACAAAACUGAGUUGUGAGGGGAGGGAAGGAAGGUCACAGCCUUCAAAGCAGAGGUGAUCCGGUGUUUUAACCAAUCUUUGGUUGAAUCUUAGGAAUGGACAAUGUCCCAAGCUCAUUCACGUUUCAUGACCAACUGGUAGUUGGCACUGAAAAACUUUUCAGGGCUGUGUGACCUGUGCGACUGAUUGUCCUAGAUGCACUACUUUAUUUAAAAAAAAAAAAAGAUGACGCUCAUACGGAGUCAAUAUGUAGUUUAAGAGACAAUCAGUGUGUGUCUUAUAUAAAUGGUACAUCUGUGGUUUUUAAUCUGUGCUAGACUUCAAAACUGUGAUCUCCUGUUAUUGUAUACAACCUUGAACUCCAUCUCUACAGGGGUUCUUCUGUGAUUAAAUAGGUUAUAAUUACAAGCAAAAUUCAGAGCAACUGAAUACUGAUCUAGAAAGAUUACCUGUGGCUGGAGGUGAGCUGCCCUGCUUGCUGUCUCUGGACAAGGAUCGAGAAGAAGCAAAAGGACCCUAAUUCACCCGUAAUUUAAUGUUUGGUAAGCCUGGCAGUAAAAAAAGACAUUGGUCAAUUGCUCUGACCCUGAUGAAUUUUAAACUGAGAUCAUUGUCAUUUAUGCUUGCAGAUGUUAACUGGAAGUUAUAUAUGCAUAAACCCUUCCUGGAUUGGCAGAUAUGUAUGAUUAUAUUAAAAUGGUUCUAGCACAA